GACUAUGCAGCUGUCAUUUCCUGCCUUCCGGUUGGUGGUGACGAUCCCCCGAUGAGGGGAGUCCGCUGUUACACAAGUGCUCCAAACCAGCAGAGCAUCAUGGAUUCUAUUAUUUUCAACCGCGUGUUCGAUUGGAGAAGUCGCGAGCUGCACGACAAG